AUGAGGGCUUACUGUUUAGCUUUGUUGGUAAAUGGUAAUAACCACCAUAUUAAUCUGCCAAAACAUGUCUUUAUCAUCACUGCAAUUCUGCAAAUCCUUUAGAAAUCUGCGCUUUAAGCAGCCCAUUAUCUGCAAAUAUGCGUUGCAUGUGAACUAGCAGUUUUGCAGCAGUGAGACUGCUUUGCUUUAUAAAGCAAUGGAUGAUUCUUUGUACUGUAAAGGAGAAGAAGAACAUCUUCACCACCAUUCUUCAUGGCAAACUUCUCACUCUGUGCGCUUCUGGAACUCAGUUGGGUUUCUCCUAUAAUGCUAGAGGGAGCAUUCCAGCUUCAUCACUUAGCAGAACACUAUCAUUCCUUGAGCAAAACAAUGUCUCUGGAUCUCACAUUCGAGUUUUGAUUGCAGAUCAUAGGGUUUUAAGGACACUUUCAAAUUCCGGUGUGUCUGUUGAUCUUUACUUAAAUGAAACUAUAGUUGAGAAUUUUACAAAUUCUAGAUCAUCUGCUGUUUUGUGGCUGAAAACCCAUGUAAUAACCUUUGUGCCUCAUGUUAACAUGAAAAGUAUCAUUUUGAAAGGCAGUAAUGACUUGUCCAAGCUUUCAUCUUCCUUGAAAUUGAUCCAUUCAGUUCUCAGUAGCUUUCAAUUUAAUAAUGAAGUUAAGGUCUCAGUAGAAUUUUCAUUGUCAUUCUUGGAGAAUUUGAAUGGAAAACAAGAAAAUGACCUGCUUGGGGUUUUAGGGUUUAUCAAGAAAACUAGCUCCUUUAUCAUUGUAGAAGGAAGCACUGAUAAUGGUGUAGAAUUGAGGAUGGGAGAUCUUUUUCUCAAAUCAAUUAUUCAGAAAUCAACACUAGCCAUUUCUUUGCUUCCUUGUAAUGAUGUUGCUGUAGUCAUGAAAGUCAAGAGCCUUAUAGAUCCUAGCUUAGAGGAAGUAGCUGAAUUUGCAGCCAAGUUCUUGAAGUCAUUAGAGAAUACUCAGAUUGCAGGGCAGAUAACCGAGUUAUAUGCAGAAGUAUCUUCUGCUGAAGAUUUUUCAGAAAAAGAGCUUGAGAGAGAACAUGAACAAAUCUUUCCUUCGUCUCGCCGAGAACUCUUGAAAACUACUUCACAUGAUACAAUCAAUCCACCAGGAACUGUUCCACAAGAUAAUCCCACACCAACAAUUGUCACUGUCCCUGCAACUAAUCCUGUCACUAUAACACCAACAAAUCCUGCAUCCACUCCUAUACCAAUCCCCUCCAUCACACCUGUUGUGGUCCCCCCUAUGAAUCCUUCUGUUAAUCCACCAGCACCAAUCACUAAUCCAGUCACAACACCCGCACCCAUCACAGUUCCUGGGAUGCAACCAAUAACUAAUCCGGUGACAACAUAUCCUACCCCACCAGUAAACGUUCCUGUUACAGCUCCAGUAACUAAUCCUAUAUCACCUCCUGCAACAACAAAUGCUCCAGCAAUUCCAGGACAGAGCUGGUGUGUGGCUAAGUCUGGAGUAUCAGAAACUGCACUUCAAUUAGCUCUGGAUUAUGCAUGUGGAAUGGGAGGUGCUGAUUGUUCAGAGAUUCAGCAAGGAGGGAGCUGCUAUAAUCCAAACACUCUUCAAAACCAUGCCUCCUUUGCAUUCAACAGUUAUUAUCAGAAGAAUCCUGUGGCAACCAGCUGUGAUUUUGGAGGGACAGCCACUGUCAUCAAUACUAAUCCAAGCACUGGUUCCUGUGUUUUUCCAUUAUCAUCGUCAUCAUCAUCGACGUCAUCAUUGCCAACACCAACACCGUCAACUAUAAAUCCAGUAACAACACCAUCAUCUCCAGGAGAUGGAACUUCAGGAACUGUUACUCCACCAUCAGUGUUAAACUCAAGCAGCCCUGUGCCAGGUACGACAACAGGGUUCGGGUCGGAUACUCCUCCUGGUUUCAACACUUCCACAUCCAAGUCAACUACUAUGCAACCAUCUAUUGGUUGCAUCAGUCUGAUCACAUUCUUCAUAGUCAGAAUUGUCUUUUUAGACAUGUAGAAUGAAGCAUUUCUGAGUGUACAUUCCUUGAUUGGAAGUUCAUUCUUCCAGAGCAGAGCAGAGUUGCAGUCACCACCAUGUUUAAAGGAAAAGAAACAGAAGAUUGAGAUUCACAAGGCCAAUUAUAAUACCUAGAUCCUGCUAUAGAUUACCCAGCUGCUUCAGCCUGCACCAGAUGUAAAGAUUGCUCAAAGGUACAAUUUAAUCUUCCCCACGAGACGUAAUUUUUACAUGUUUAAUCCUAGGCUGCUAGUAUUAGUAAAAGUAAUGAGGUUGGAUAGUAGUAGUAAGAGCAAUUUUGUUCCCGUAAACCUUUGAAAGGUGGCAGAGUUGUCUAGUUUAGCAUAUGUAUUGCUUUGCAUAAGCCAGUUUCAUGAACUUGCUGUAGCCUGUAGAAACUUAUGUGAUGAUGAAUGGAAAAUGCAUAAAAGGAAGAUGCUACAGUUUUUUAA